UAUCAUGUCUUAUCUAAAAACGGCAAAAAACGCUGUGAGAUACCAUUUAUUCUUCAAAACAUCGUUGUAAAACGUCAUACACACGGAAACAAAACAAUGGAACCAGGAGAUUUUGUCGAAGAAGGUGAGGUUGUGCACGUGGAGUGCAAAAUGAAUAAUUUAACAGCCUUCUUGGGGAGUGUAUUGUGUGGUGAUGGAUUCUUUUCAGCUGAAUUUCCUAAAUGCAAAGUGGUUUGCGACUCCCAACACUUGGAAGGACUCUCAACAAUUUAUAAUGUCUUCGCACCGUAUGGCCAAUUUGUAGAGUCUUCUCUUCAUAGAUUUGGUAUACCCAUCGGCAGUGUAGUCGAAAUCAAUUGUGCUUCGGGUUUCAAAAGAGAUUUCAAUUGGCAAACAGAAUUUCUCACAAAUCGUCAGAAUUUAACAUGCCUGCCCAAUGGAACAUUUGAUCAAGUACGAGUAGCGUGCAUACAGGACUGCGGCCAUCCGUUGGUGAGCAUAUAUCCCCUGACCAAGGGUGGAAUUCAAACUGAUCCCAAUAAGGUUCCAUGGCAUGUUUCGAUAUAUCAGCGAGUAGAGAAUGAGUGGGUUUUUAUUUGUGGUGGUUCCAUAAUCACACCACGGCUUAUUUUAUCCGCUGCUCACUGUUUUUGGGAUAACAAGUUGAGGCAAUUGUUCAGUCAAAAUCAAUUUCAAUUUGUUGCUGGUAAAUAUCGACGAGGUUUCAAUGACCCUGAGACGGGUAAACCACAAAUAAGAAAUGCUCAGAUUAUUCACGUAUCCGAGAGAUUUGAAGGCCCCCGAAAUAGAAGCUUUGCCGAUAUUGCAGUUAUCAAAUUGGAUUUGUCAUUAAUUUAUAAUGAAAAUGUAUCGGCUAUAUGUUAUAAACCUGCCGGUGGCCUUACCCGUUAUUUUGUGCCUUCGAAUAUCACGGGCAUUGUGACCGGUUAUAAUGAGCUGAACAACAGUUUGGAACAAGUGACUAUGACAUCGGCAGGAUAUAAUGAAUGUAUAUUGCACGAUUCGAUUGGUGCCACUCUUUCGCCGGAUAAAUUUUGUCUAUACAACGGUCACGACGAGGGUGUUUGUCGCGGUGACAGCGGCAGUGGUUUUGCCCAGGAACUAAAAAUCUAUGGAGAAGCAUUAUUCUCGUUAUUGGGUAUUAUCAGUUUUUCGCCGGGCACAGUAAAUGGAUGCGCCCGCGAAGGUUACAUCGCGGUGACAAAUGCCAAAUAUAUGCUCGACGAUUUGUUUAAUAAAUUCCGGAAGGAAAUGGAAGAGGAUUUAAGUUUGUUGUAG